AUGUUGAGCACAUCUCAAUCUGAAUCGGAAUCAAGUGCAUUUGAAGAAAACAAGAACAAUAAAAGGUCGGCUCGUCAACAAACAGGCAAUCAAAGAAAAUUCGCAUGUGUUGAGUGUCGGCAGCAGAAAUCAAAGUGCGAUGCCUAUGAGAAAGCACCGGAACCGUGCUCCAAAUGUGCCAAAAAAGGUGUGCCGUGUAUAUUACAAAAAGACUUUAGAAGGACUUAUAAGCGUGCAAGAAAUGAAGCUAUAGAAAAGCGGUUCAAGGAGUUGACUGGAACUUUAACAAAUUUGAGCUCUGAAGAAAUUCUGGAGAAAAUAAAGGAGGAACAGGCAGCAUUACUAGAUGGUAAAAAUUUCACAAAGGAAAAAAUAAAAGAAGCGAAGGGGAAGUGUGGGCAAUGUGGGCAAUGUGGGCAAAACUCCCUUUGUGAGCGGAGUUCUUACGUUCCUACUCUCCCGAACGGCAUGUCGGUCAAACUAUCCGAGAUACCGAGCAAAGAUGAAUCAGAUUCACCAAACUGGUACUCAAGUUCGCAAUACAAUGUGGAUAGUAUCGGGAUGACGGAAGAGCAACUGAAAUGCACUCCAAAAAGUCUUGGCGACAUUUUCAUGUCAAGUGAUACAAUUGCAGAACUUUUUCAAGAAUUUGCCUCUAAAUAUCACAAAUUUUUACCCGUAGUCGAUCUUUCGAAAGGUGCAGAAAGGAUAUAUACCUUAUCACCUUGUCUUUUCUGGGUCAUCAUACUUAUAGGGUUGCGUCGAAAAAUAGGUGCUACCGAAUUAAUGACCAAACUAUCGGUCCUGGUGAAAUCUGUGUUGGCAGAAAUAACAAUCUCACCCAUCAUCCGAUAUACUCCUUCGGAUAACGAUGAACCAGUUUUGAACGUUGCAUCAUUAUAUUCUGUCCAGGCAUUCUUACUCUAUACUUUUUGGCCACCUUUAACAUCAUCCCUGAGCGCGGAUACUUCAUGGAAUACUAUUGGCACAGCAACCUUCCAGGCGAUACGUGUAGGCCUUAACUGUGCAGAGUUUUCGAAAGAAUAUGCCAGCGAAAAUUCUGAUCUCAUUAGUGAGAAAGUAAAAACAUGGGUGAGUUGUAAUGUAGUGUCACAGACAAUAGCCUCGAGUUUUGGAUUUCCCGGAUACGUUUGCUUCGACCAUACAGUUAUGAAUGCAACUAGGACGCGACCAGCGCAGAACGAGACACAACCUGUUCCGCUAUCAAUAUGCCAGAUGGCCCAAAUAGCAUAUUUUGAAAAUCAAAUGGUCAGUACCAUGAAUUCCAAUCCCGCAAAUGCUUUGGGAAAAGUAGGAGCAGAACAGAAGCAGCCUUUACUUCAGGUCCUAAAUCAACAACUGAGCCAGCUGGAAAUCAAUUUGAAUGAAGACAAGGUUGAUGAUAUAAGAAAGUUUCUCCUGCUUGUUGCCAAGGUUCAUCUGUUGACAUAUUAUUUUGGUGAUGCCUUUGCGACUGAUGAAACGAAACUUGUACAUUGUGGCUCAACACCCUUGACGAUGCUUGAAUCAAAUUUCGAAACGAAACGCGGUUUAGUAAGGGUCUACAAUGCCACGAUAGAUUUACUCUCACAUGCUAGUAAUAUGUGGAAAAUGGAUCCGGCAAUAAUUAAAUAUUUCCCGGGCGUUUUCGUCCUUAACAUUUGGCAAUCUGCCUGUAUAAUAAGCAAACUAGCACACUCCUCCCUUUGUCGAGUAUUGGAUGUAAAAAGAGGUAAAAAAGCGUACCAGGAUGCUGUUUUGCUAACUUUUAAUGCUUCAGUUCGCAAACAUGAUAUGGCAUACAGAUCCUCGGGAAUAAUGAAAAGUGUAUGGAGCAUGUUUGCUAAUAUGUACGAUGAUUGGCAGAAAAGGAGCCACCAAGAAAACAAUAUUUCGAGCGAUUUCAAUUUGGACAUAAAUAUAAAAUCGAGAAUGUCCGUUAGUGUAUUCUUCGAUUGUUUAUAUAUACUUCGAGAAAAAUGUGGAAUGGCAAGAAUGAAACGAGAAAGUCAACGAGAUGAAGAAGAAGAUGAAGAUCCAGACGAGGACAGAAGUACAGUAAGAAAUGGUCAAAUCGAUGACGAGGAAGUUUACAGCAAGACAGAAAACCAUGGAAGACGAUUGUCGGCAAACAAGCACCCGGAAGCCAAUGCAAGGAAAAUCAUCAAGACAAUUCCCUUAGAUCCGAAUCCUAUCAACGCUACAAGUAACAGUGCUGGAAGUAGCCUUGCUUCUCCAAACAGUCAAACGACAGACGUUUUGUCACUGGAAGGCAUAUUAAACAAGAACUCACCCGGCGAUGAAUUGAAUGGGAGCACAUCAGUGCUGCACAGUAAGCGUUCUAUCAAGAACCAGCCACAUGUGUCGCAAAAUGCACUCAUUGAGAACAUGUUGGCCGCAGGGCCUUCUUCACUUGGUAUGCAGAGUUUGAGCAUGAAUUCCAACUCGCUGUCCAGUUCAGCAACUCCUUAUGAAGUUGAAGCUGCGUUUGAGCUAAAUUCGCAGGAUCAUCUGCAGCAACAAGACGAACAGGAACGAUGUACCGUCCCUCAAGGUACGCACUCUCCGCACAAUAUCGCAGAUCAUUGGGAGAACUGGGAAUCAGACACUGUGUGGAAAGACGUAGAUCUGCUCAUGAAUGAGUUUGCAUUCAACCCUACCGUUUAG